GCAGCGUGUGUUUUACGCGGUGUUGUUUCUUACUGUUGGGUGAGCAGCAGCAGUAAAGUAAUAACUUUUUUAACUUAAGCUAGCUCAGUCUGAUAGUUUACCGAACUAGCUAACUUUGACACGCAGAAUAACGUGGUUUAGUUUAAAUCUCUGGGCAGUUUGUGUGCAGCCGGUACAUCCAAGGACUUGUGUGAAUGAAACAAGCUCUGUUUGAAACAUGAGCCUCGCUGGAAAGAAGGCAGAAGAGUCUGGAUGGUGCAAGAAAAACCUCCAGAAACUUCUCGCUGCAAUGAAAGUCAACAUCCUGGAUGAGAAAAAAGAGCUCAGUUAUACCCAUGGAGAGAGAACGCUAGACUGGGAGAAAGUGGCUUUCCCUCCUUUUUCUCCGGAGGAAUGCAAACAAAAGUGGAAAGAGGUUAUUCAGAAGAUGCGGAAGGUUCGCAGCCUCACGGAGCUCAUUGUGGAAGCUGAAAGUGUCCUUUCUGAUCCCUUAAAUAACACAAGGCUCCAUCCAGAGUACCCGAAGAGACCCAUGCCCGUAAAUACCUGGUAUUACAAGGAAGUCUUUUCCAAGAUUAAGAAGAAGAAUCCAGGGAUAAGCUGUGCAGGUUUGAUGAAAAUCGCAAGCAAGGAGUUCAGUCUGCUCCCCGACAAAAAGAAGGCAUUUUAUCUGGAGAAAUACAGGAACGCAUAUAAAGAAUUCACUAAUAAGAGGGUGGAGUUGAGGGAAAAAUAUGGCAAAUCCCCUCAGAAGAGCAAAAGGAAGAAGGUGGUCCCUGAAAGCACCAGUGAGUCAGAUGAGGAUUUUGAGGGUCUGCCUGUCAAGCCACCUAUAAGUGGCUACAAUUUAUUCUGCAAAGAGCUGAUUGGUAGUAUGGGUGUCCCAACAAGAGCCUACAUAAAAGAGUGGUCCCAGAGGUGGCGAAAUUUAAGUGAAAAGGAGAGAAAAGCCUACAACACACGCUCCAAAGAGCUGAAGAUGCAGUAUGAAAGUGAGAUGUAUACAUAUCUAAUGAGUUUAGAUGAGGAGAAGCGGAACAAGGUCCUCCGUAAAACAAAGAUCAGUAUGCCUACGAAGCGUAAGAUUUUCAAAAGGAAAACCAAGGAGAAUAUACUCGGCGAGCCCAAGAUGCCAUCCACGUCUGUCAAUGUGGCUUUCUGCCAAGAUCAGAUGAAAAUUCUAAAAGAAAAAAUCCCAAAGGCAAAAGACCGCUUUGCUGCGGCCAACAAAAAAUGGCAUGAACUCUCCAUAAAUGACAAGUCCCGGUACCAAUUAAAAGUAAAUGAAAAGCUGAGGAAAUACUCCAUCGAGCUGCAGGAGUGGUUUAAGACACUGACUCCAGAUGAGCAGAAUGAGUAUCGAAAACAGAAUCCUCGUAAAUUAAAAUAUCUUGAGGAUACCGUACCGAAAUAUUCUGACAAGGACGAACUAUUUUUGAAGCAGCCAUCAGACUCAGAAGACGAAAUCAUCGAGAGCAGCAGUGAUGAUGAAGACUACAACAUACUGGACUUUGAUGAGGAUGACGAGGAGGAGGAAGAAGAUGAUAUAAUGUUUGACAUGUAUUAAUUGGUGAUGAGAUGGACAGCUGAAAAACCAAAUGCAGAAAAUUCAGAUGCUGUUCUGGAUUUGAAGAGAGGGAGAAGCCCUCGAGUGGGUGACAAAAACCUCACAACCUCACAUUCUUCACCAUCUAAGGGUUUGUUCUGACUUCCACACUGAAGCAAGAUAGUUUAUAUUCACAUGGACGCUGCAGCGAUGCUUGAAAUUUUAAUCUGUCUGUGUUGUGUUGUGGAUCAUUUUUUGCAAGUUAAUGCAUUCAAAUGAUGAAACACACAAAACACACUGGGGUCUUUUCAGAUUCCUUACAGAAGGAAUUUUUGCCAGUUUGCAGCCUUCUUGGCAACGCCUCCUGGCACUUACGUGUCCAAUUAUUUAACUUUACUCUCAGUGAACACUGGGGAGUAAAAACACCAUGUAUAUCGUCGAUCCAUAAAUUUCAUUUGUUUGUUUUAUUUUAUUUUUUUACUGGUUAUUCAGUGUUGUGUAGGCGCUGGAGCCUAUCCCAGAUGGCAUAGGGUAAAAGUUGGAGUAAACUUUGGGAAUGUUGCCUGUCUAUGAUGGGGCUAAUACAGAUGUAUUCACACCGACUGCCAGUUUAAAAUCACUAGUUCGCCUGCCAUGUGUGUCUUUGGACUGUGGGAGAAAUCUGGAGGUGAUUCUUGGUGACCACAGAGGAGUCGAGCCUAAACAUUCUUGUUGUGAUGUACUGUGCCAACCACUGGGCCACUGAGCUGCCUUGUGUCUCUAAAUGUAUAGUCUGAUUAAAAACAGCUUAAAUCAUUUUAUUAGCUUUUUUUUCUUCACCCGUGGACGUUCUGGUACUACUUCCACCUUUUUUGCAGUUACAUACUGAUUUUACCUGCAGGUUUGAAUUCAGGAUUCACAGAGUCCCAAAUCUGUGUCUCCUGUAAUUUCUGGUCUGUUUUAUAGUCCAUUUGAAUGCUGUUUAUGCUGCACACAGAGGUGGUGCUGAAACAAAGAUAAAUAUACUGACAGCACCUAUAUUUUGCUAUUUUUGUAAUGUGAUGAUACAUAUAUACAUGUCAUGUGGUUUUAUAGAGAAGCCAUUGUGAAUUAGGGUGGCUAGAUCCCUACAAAAGAAAUGUGGGACAAAAACAGACAAUUAUAUUUGCAAAGUUAAUAAAAUAAGAAUAA